GAUACUUUUCCUCUCGCGCGAAGGGAUCUUAUAAUCGAACAGCACCUUGAAAUCAGCCCUUAGUUCUUUGAGGUUCAUCAGCCGAGCAAGAUGAACGCUGCAAGAAUGAGAGCGCUUUUGCUCGUGCUGUUAGCCGCUGGCUCGAUUGCAGCACCUUUUGCUGGCAUUGAGAUCGACGCCAAGUCAGGAGAGUGCAUAAAAAAAACGCGCUUUCAGCCUGGAAAAGAAUACACCUACAGCUAUGUGGGAGAAACCGUAAGCGCCGUCAAUGGAUCUUCGGAGGAGCGAUCAGCGCUCAAGAUCGUUGCGCGCUGCAUUAUACAGACUGUCGGCAAUUGCACACAUGUCUUGAAGAUAAACAACGCAGAGCUCUGGGAAGCCCAGAGCAAGACCCUUUCCCCGCGAGACUACCGCGUCUCUGAGGGAUCAGCAAAAUUUGCUCGAGAGCUCGCCGCUCAUGAACUUCACUUCCAUACGAAGAAUGGCGCCAUCACCGGAGUUUCUCCCAACGCCUCAGAGCCCGUGCACGUGUUGAACAUCAAGAAGGGAAUUCUAAGCGCCCUUCAAGUCCAGCUGGUUAACAAGAAAACCGCACGACUGGAAGAGACGGAUGUUGCCGGCAAGUGCAAAGUAAGCUAUCAGGUGCAUAAGAACCACAUCACCGGCCGGGCGAAAGUCGUCUCCAAGAGCCGUAACCUGACCGACUGCUCCGAACGCUCCAAGACCGAUCUGGGAAUCCACAUCCACCACUACAAUGAGAAGGCCAUCAGCUUGCUCUCCUGUAAGAGUAACUGCCGCUAUCUCCUGUCCGACAAGCUCCGCGUCCAGAAGGUCACGUGCGAGGAAGAGCACGUCUUCCGCCCUUUCUCCGCUGGACACCAACACACCGCUGGCGCAAUGACUACCACCAAGCAGGUUUUGGUGUUGCAGAGUGUAAAAAAGAUGGAGGUCAUCCCGCGCUUCCCUCAAGGGUUGAAAAUCAUGCCACUGUCGUACAAUCAUUCGCGCGAGGACUCUGCAGACAAAGACUACAACACCGCCAUCAAGAUUAUCACCCAGCUUGUCCGUGAAUCCAUGGAGGAGACUAAGCCCGAGUCUGCGCGUCUCUUCUCUCGUCUGGUGUUUGCUCUGCGCAAGUUGACAGAGAAGGCCAUGACGGUAGUGUGGGAUGAAGUAUUUGAUUGUGACAAGUCCGGCCUCUGUAAGCCAGAGGAGAAAAAUCGAUUCCAGAUGUACCUUCUGGACGCUCUGCCACACUGCGGUUCCUCAGGCUGCGCCAAAGUCAUGAUGAAUGCAAUCAAGAAUGAGUUGGUCAGCGGUGAACGCGGAAACAUGUUCCUUACCGGCCUUGCCCUGGUGUCGAGACCAACUGAGGAUAUGAUCGAUCACGUGUUGGAGCUAUGCCAGUCAAACCCAACCCGCAUUGCUAUGUUGACCCUUGGAACCCUGCUUCACAAGCACUGUGAGGAGAACAACUGCAACGAACCGGAUUACACAAGCUCCAUCUACCUUGCUGAGAAAUGGCUUCAGGGACGUCUUGGCAAGCGAUGUGACUUCAAGUCCACCCACCAGGCAGAGGAGAUCCUGAUCGCCCUGAAGGCAAUCGGUAACGCUGGUCGCCCCUCGUCCGCCCAGAACACCAUCCUUAAGUGCGCCGUUAAUGACAACCUACCAAUCAACAUGACCAUCGCUGCCCUCGAGUCCCUCCGACGCAUGCCCUGUAGGCAGGAGACAACUGAACAGCUGUUCAACAUCUACGCCUCUCACCACAACGAUGUGGAGAUCCGUGUCGCCUCUUACCUCGCCCUGCUCAAGUGCCCCAAUAAGGAGCUGUUACGCCGCAUCGCUAAGGUCCAAAGGACUGAAGUGAAUAACCAAGUCGGCUCCUUUGUCUGGUCGCACUUGACUAACGCUAUGGAGUCAACCGAGCCUGUUCACGGUCUCCCUAUGGCUAGAAUGCUCCAGAAGGCACUGGGAGGCAACGUGCUCCGUGAGUUCAACCUUAAUAGGCUUCGCUUCUCUCGCGCUGUUGAGGGAUCUUUCUACAGCGACAUCCUCCGUGCCGGUGGCUCCGUCCAAGGUCACCUGAUCUACCACCCCAACAGCUUCUUCCCCCGUAGCACUCACCUGAACAUCACCAUGGACGUGCUUGGUGCUUCCAUCAACCUGUUUGAUGCUGCAGCAAGGUUCGAGGGCUUUGAGCUGCUGAUGGAGCAGAUAUUCGGUGCUGAUGGCUACAUUCCUGACGACCGUGUCAUGGCCAUGUUCAACCUGAAGCCCCACGAGGAGCGCGACAAGACCGAGAGAGUAGUCCAGACACCUGGCAUCCUGCGUGGACGCAGAAGCAUCUUGACUGAUGACAUCAACCGCGUCGAGUCUAACCUUAAGAGUCUUAACAAGAAGAUGGACACUCGCAAGCACGCUCCUUCCGGCGCUGUCUCCGUCAAGGUCUUUGGCAACGAGAUGCGCCUUGCAAGCUUUGAUGACAUUAGCUGGCUGCAGUCUGAGGCUGACAACAUCAACUUUGUGGACUUCCUGAUGACCCUGGCCAAGGGAGGCAGCAAGACCUUUACCAAGAGCAUGGUGUUCCUGGAUGCCGAGACAACUGUCCCAACAGGUCUGGGUCUGCCACUCAAGCUUGACGUCAAGGGAACUAGCGUGGUCUCUGUUGAGAUGAAUGGCAAAUUCGACAUCAGAAACAUGUUUUGGGGUCCCAUGGCAUUUGACGUUCGUGGACACUUGAAGCCAAGUGCUGUAGUUGAGAUAGCUGGCCGCAUGGGAGUAAAUGCGUUUGUUGCGGAGGCUGGUAUUCUUGUCAACUCCUCUUUGUACACCUCCACCGAGAUCAAGGGUAACGCUACCUACAAGCAAGGACAGAUCCUUAAGUUCGAGCUUGGCGCUCCACAGAAGCCCAGCCAGAUCUUCAACGUCUCAUCCACGCUGUUCACCACAUUGAACGACAAGGAGGUUAAGAUCGAGGGAGUCAAGAGACGCAUCGAGCCCACGCCGUGCUUAAACAUGACACGCGUGCUCGGCAUCAACGUUUGUGGCCGCCUGUCGCUACCAGUUGCUUUCCGCGAGUACGAGUCACCGUUCUACCCUCUGUCGGGAUCAUCAUCUUUCAGCCUGUCAGUCAUCCCUACCGACAAGAAGCUCCGCCUUUACCAGAUCAUCUCCCAACGCCUUCCUACUGAAGACGAGAACAAAUAUGAUUUCGUCACCAAGAUCUCAACCCCCAACGCCACCUGGGAGCGUGAGUUUGUAGCGAAUGCGUCGCUGUGGCUCCUGGAUGAAGAGAAAAGUUUUAGUAUUUCCACUGGUGCUUUGGGCUACAGGUUUGGAAAGCUAGAAGGACGUUACAACAACAAGACCCACGCUGUCAACAUGACGUUCUCGGCUGCCGACAGCGUCGUCCUGAACGCCCAGUUCUUUAACUCGACUGAUUCCCUGAAGAACCGCCGCAUGGGUGCCACGUGGUCCGCUACGUACAAGAACUACACCGUGCGCCAAUUGACCGAGCUGUACAACAAGUCUGGUGUCUAUGGCAUUACCAGCAACACCACAUACUGGCCUGGAAAGUACUUGUAUGCCAAUGGUGAAGUGAACGUCCAAGACAAACGUUUCGAGAUCAUCGCUAACCACACCUGCACGAAGACCUCAAUCUGUCUAAAUGGCUCCCUUGGCGAAGAACAACAUAACAUUUUCUUCAACUUCACCAACAAGCCAACGAACUUCAGCAUCCAGACCACAGGAAAGUACAACAUAGCCGAGAAGGAGGCCGUAUUGAACACCUUUGUCAAGCCAUGCAGGCAAUCAUUCACCGUCCGUACUUCUUACGCUAACAAGGGCAUCGAGAAAGGAGUCCACUUCCGUGCUAGUCAUGACAACAAAAACCGCGUGUUUUCUUGGUACGCUGGCAUCUUGAACACAACAGAGGAAAAAGCUGUCAAAGCAAACUCAACCAUCAUGGGCAGACCCAUGGAAGCCAUCUGGACUUUCUUCAACUACACCUCCGAGCAGGGAGUGAAGUUCAACGGCACCGCCAUGGGCAAGUCCAUCAACACUGCUUUUGCUUACCUGAAGAGUGAAAAUGAGAAGUCCUUGAGGGUUAAUGCAUCUGGAUUCAACAAGCAGGCUCAAGCAGUUUGGUCCUAUAUCAACCUUGGCAGCGAGAAAAGGCUGAAGUUUAACGCAUCUGCCCUGAACAAGACCAUCAGUGCCUUGUGGUCUUACCUCAACACUGAUGCCGAAAAGAGCCUCAAAUUCGACGCAACCGCCAUGAAUAAGACCAUCAAUGCCCUCUGGUCAUACUUGAACAUUGAGAACGAGAAGACUUUGAAGUUCCACGCUUCCGCCAUGAACAAAACCAUGGAUGCUUUUUGGAGCUACGCUAAGAUCGACCGUGCUUCUAAGCUGAGCUUCAACGCCACCUUCAUGAACAAGACCAUCGAGUCUGCACUGACUUUCUUUAACCUCACGGAUGAGAAGAUCGUGAAAAUAAAUGCUACUGUUCUGAACAAGACCGUCGAGGCAAUCUGGACCCUGUUCAACUACACUAGCGAGAAGGGACUGCGAUUUGACGUCAACGGACUGAAUAAGUCUGCAAGUAUGGUCAUGAACUACAUCACCAAGCCAUCUGACAAGGCCCUGAAGAUCAACGCUACUGUAAUGAACAAGACCGUAGAGGCUAUGUGGAGUUACCUGAGCCGCGGAGAGCAGCGAUACGCUAAAUUCAACGUCAGCGCCAUGAAUAAGACCAUUGAGGCUGUCUGGACCUACUUCAACUUCGAGACUGAGAAGGGCUUAAAGUUUAACGUUGCUGGAUUCAACAAGAGCGCCGAGGUGCUGAUGGCUUUCUUCAAUGAUUCAUCAGAGAAGGGUGUCAAAUUCAACGCAACAUUGAUGAAGAAGUCGAUAAAUGCCACCCUUGCUUACUUCAAGUACGCAGACAAUAUGGGUGUGCGCUUCAAUGCUAGCUGCUUCAACAAAACCGUCGAGCUGAUGUCCAAGAUGUUCACGAAGAACGAGGAAAAGAAAUUUGUUCUUAGUGGCUCAUACCAGAACUACACCCUCGCAAUGGUAGGACUUUUCCAGAACCUGACCAUGCACAAGAGCCUCUGCAUCCACCCCGAGAUCCUGGGACGCGGCUACGGAAAGGUCUGCGCCACAUUCUCCAACAAGACUGACGAGAAGCUUAUCUCCUUCAACGUCACCGCUUUGAACCGAACCGCCGAGGUCAAGUCUCAGUGGUACAAGAAGCCGACAUUUUGUGCAAACCGCUUCACCGCCUCCUUCAACAGCACCAUAUACGUAGAGUCAUGGCUUAACUACCUGCACACCGACAGCAGCAAGGUGCUUCAGAUGAAUGCUACCGUCGCCAAGCGCUCCAUGGACGUCAAGUUCUUCUAUGAGAAGGGUAUCGAGCAGAAAAUUGCAGGUUUUAACUUCACCGUCAUGAACAAAACCAUUGGAAUGAAGACUCACCUGAUCAACCAGGAAAAGUACAAGGAGGUCGCACUCCAACUGAUGUGGAACAAGAACUACAUCGCAAAGUCGUCUCUAAGGUUCCACAACCUUACCAACUUGAAGAUUGUCAAAUUCCGCAACCAGAUUGGACAGUACACAGGUGAGCUGAAGGGUGAGUACAACCUGAGGAAUGGUAGGAGGACUUUCUUCGUGGUCCGCAUGCUGAGGAAUGGCACCAAGCAGCUCUUCUACGACAAAUUGGAGAUGAGCUAUAGCAGUUUGGAGAGCAAGAGACGCGAGCUCGAAACCUCGUACACAUUGAGAGUCCUUGGCCGCACCUUCUCUUACGGGGUGGAGUUCGCCCACCUGAACCAUUCUAGCAAGACCCGCACUCACCACGAGCUGAAAAGCAGUCUGAUCUACUCUAAAGGCAAGCGUGUAUCUAUAACCAGCAUCUUCAAGAAUGACGAGGCUGAAAUGGCGAAGAACAUCAUUGUCGAAUAUCUUCCUGGGAAGUCCAUGAGCCACCAGAUCGUCUGGUACAAGCCCGGCAAGAAGGUCUCGGCUUCAAUGGAAAUCCUCCCACGCAUUCCCUUGAUACACUCUCUUGAUUGGAACCACGAGGAGGGUCUGUUCGUCCGCCAUACGGCUUCAGUCUUUGGUAAGAGCAUUGAGAACUACUUCCGCUUCAUCGAGCGCACCGAGAGCUACGACGGACAGCUGGAGCUAUGGCCUAAGAAAUUGAUCCGAUUUAACGGGCAAUUCUCUCGCAAGAAUGGUCUGUUACUGACAUCAACCAUCAACGCUUUCCGCAAGACAUGGACUGAGAAGAUCGACUACAACAGAGCACAGAGCAAACUGUUUGUAUCCGUCGAGGUUGUCCCUAAGGUCCCUGGUGUUUUUGAGGCUAGCUGGGAUACGGCUGAGGGUCUGAAGGUCAACACAAAGCUAACCGCUUUUAAGAAAUCUCUGCAGUGGGACGGAUUCUACAAGAGACUGACCAAGACAUGGACAACUGACAUUACAGUGAUGAAGGAAAAGGUCACCUUUGUCCAGAGCUUCGACGUGAACACCAAGACACUCGCUAUGACAGCCCAGGUCCGUGAUCGCACCAUUGGCUUUCAGGGACGGUUUGACUGGAAGGCGUACGUCGCAAGUGCGUAUCUUACCUGCAAUGAACACAAAACCGGCUGGGUCAUGAAGAUGGAUCCCGAGAGGAGGAGCAUAAUGUACAACGUGACCCUGACUUCUCGAAUCUCUGCGCAGGUUUCUGCCAACAUGCCAAGUGACAAACAGAUCGAUGUCACCUUCCAGAGGAAACUCGGUGGUGACGUUGUUGUUGAGUCGCAAGUCGUGUACGAGCUCACCCCCAAGGCGAGCCGUGUCUUUGUAAAAUGGAAUACCACCACUGUCAAGUAUUUGGUUGGCCAAGUGAAGUCUCUGAAGCCUAUCAUCAUCAACGCCACUAGCAAAAUGUACAACAUGACCCUUUUCCGUGCCAAGAACCUGACCAAGGAAAUCGAAAAGAUGGUCAAGAAGUUUGAGAACAAGAUCAAGCCCUUUGUCAUGAAGUAUUACCAACACGCCAAGGCCUAUGACUUCAAGGGUCUUUACAAGAAUAUUAGCAACAUCGCCCAGAGUAUGAGCUUGAAGACAUACAACCUGACAAUGAAAGCUUACACCAUGAGCUUUCUUGCUCUCAACAAAACCAUCACAAACCUGCCCAUGCUGGUUCGCAAUGCAACCAUCUUGUACAAAAAGAUUCGCUCUGAGCUGAAUGCAAGCAUCCCUUUGAUCUACGGUAAUUGCACAGUGCAUCUCAAGAGGAUUCGCACCCAUCUUCAGCACUGCAAGCAGAACGUCACCCUGCACUUGAUGAACAUCAAUCUGCAUUUGAAGAACAUCAGCCGUGACCUGAAGAGCUGGGGUCUGAACCUCACUCAGAUGGUUGGUGACAUCAAGGUCCGAGACGAGAAACUGAGGGACAUCGCUGUGCGUGUUAUCAAGAGGAUCACACUUCUCGGUAAAGAAUUGUCCAAGAACAUGACUGUUCAGCUGAAGAAGCUUCAUGUAAAGAUCCGUGACCUAGAGAUCCGCAAGCAGAAGCUGGGACCUUUGAUGGACAAGUACAUGAUGAAGAUCCGCAUUUUUACGUGUGAUUUCAACGCAUCGUGCACCCUGAAAAAAAUCGGUGCCAUCGCCAUGAACAUCAGUCUGAAAGCAACUAACAUGACCGUUUUGAACAAGACCCUCUAUGAGCACUUCGUUGUACUGAACAAGACGUUCCAUCAGCGCUUCAUUGUACUGAACAAAACCAUUCACCAGCACUUCGUGUUCCUAAAGGAGAAGGCGAAUAACUUGAGCAGGGAGUUGAACAAAAAUAUAACUGUCCUUAAGCACAAGAUUGAGGUUCUCUCCAAGAAGCUGAUCGAACUGGCUCCUGGAUACGCUAAGAACACCACCAUAAAGUCCAUUGAGCUCGCUCGCAACCUGACAAAGGACAUCCAGAAAAUGACCAAGGAAAUCACAAGGAAGAUAAAGCUCAUGUCCUCACAAGCUAUGGAGAAGGUUGAUAAGUAUACCAAACCCUUGGCUAAGCUGAUUGUCAAAGUGUCUGUCUCCAUCUACAAUCGCGCUAAGCCUGUUGUCAUGUCAUACAUCGAGAGCGGCAAGCCUUUCCUCCAGAACCUGAAGGAUCUGAAAACAAAAGUGAUCAUGUUCAACCAGCCCAUGAUGAAGCCUCUAGGACCACUCGCCAUGGAUGUCAUCUACCAAGUCUUAAAUCUUACCAUCCACAAGCUUCCACUUGGAGUCAUGCUUGACAAUACCAUCAAGGUUACUGUCGAAGAAGGCACCAAGAUAUUCCAUGUUAUGAACCAUACUCUGUCUACCAAUGUCACAGCUGUGAUAGCUUUUAUCAACGAAUUGUCGAAGAAGACUCCUGAGCAGAUUGUUGACCUCACCAUCAUGAAAAUUACUGAGAUGGUAAAUGCUACCAAGAAAAUGGUUAACGACUCCAUUCGUCAUACCUACACUAACGCCAAGCAAGCAAUGAAGGCUUACCAGCAAUCCAUCAAGGCUUUCAACCAGACCAUCUUCAAGAUAAUCAACAUGCGUCCUGAGGACUUGGUCCAGGUUUCAAUCAUGAAAGUCCAGAUCUUCGCAAAGAACAUGACACUCCUCAUCAAGAACAUCACCGCUGAAGUCCAGAACAUCACUAAACAGCUGAAGAACCUCGACUUCGUGACGCCAGCUCAGAAGGCAUGGAAAGAGAUGGAUAUGUUCAACAAGUUCGCGUCACUUGACAUGAAGGCUAAGUGGGAGUCCAUUGUACAGAAAGUCAAGGGACACAUCGAUGCUCUUAACGUCAAGGCCCACGCUCUUAAUGUUAAGUCUCGUGCUGAGAAUUACGGAAUGAAGAUCGUCAAAGAGCUGAGGGAGAUCAGUGCUGUUGCCUACCGUGUCUACAACCUGACCGUUCGUCUAGUGCGUAUGGACAUCACACGUGAACAGUUCGUGAACGAGCUUUUGGCUGUUAUUGAGUCAGCCAAGACAGUCGGACGUAAACACUUCCAUAUUGCCAAAAACACCACCUUCGGUUUGUACGGUCUCCAUCAGCGCUACUGGAAGUCAGCCACCGUCGCUGCCUACAGCUACAAGUCGCUUUCAUCCGCAAAGGCUCAAGAAAUGUACAGUAAUACCAAGGACUAUCUGAUGGAGUUCUACAGGGAGCAUGAGGUUGAAACAAAGGAAGCCUACAACUUUUAUAAGCAGAUCGCCAUGGAUGUCUAUGACGUUGUCGAGAAGGAAGCGAGUGUCUUGAAGGACAAGGUCGCCGUGAGGAUGGACAACCUAAAGACAAAGCUGAUCAGCAGAGUUGAGAUGUUGGUUCAGAAGCUGCGUGUGUAUGAAAAUAUGACUUAUGAAGAGAUUGCCCUGAAGGUUCACAAGAUGACGAAGGACUUUGGAUUGCAACUGUACAAGAACUAUAGCAUCAAAGUGAUCAAGUUCUACAACGACACCAAGAACCUUACGAUGAGGACCUACAACUUGACAAAGGUUAUGGCCAUUAAGUACUACAACCUCAGCAAAGUCAUGGCUGUGAAAUACUAUAACCUCAGUAAAGUAAUGGCAGUCAAGUAUUACAACGAGAGCCGCGUUCACGCCAUGAGGAUCUUCAACACCACCAAAAACUUCACUCUGACUUACUACAAGAUCUAUAAGAAUAGGACCAUCAGCGCUUACUACAUGACUCGCAACAUGACACUGAAGGCACUCAACGUGACCCGCAACAUGACUAUCCGCUACAUCAAGCACUUCAACAGCAGCAUUAGACCCAUGAUUGUCGUCUACAUCGGUAAAGGCAAGGCUCUGGCUCUAAAGGCAUACAAUGAUGGUAUCCAGAUGGGCAAGCGCGGAGUUGAGAAGGUGAAGGUAUGGUAUGCCGAAAACAAGGAUAAGACCGUGGAAGAAUUGUACAACGAAGCUUAUACAAUGGUCAACACCCAAACUGAUAAGGUCGUGAAGAAGGCAAAGGCUGAGUAUGAGAGGAUUGUAAUGAAGGCCACGUCCGGGAUAAAGAAGCUGAACAAGACGCUGAUGGAAAUCAAGAAAGAUGUAGUCGCCGUAUACGACCAGACAAAGAAUGUUACCAUUAUCUCUGGCAAGCAGCUGAUCGCUAUCUUCCACCCUUACGCCAAGACCGCUCAAAACAAGACCAUGAUCAUGAUCAUUAGAAUCAGAAACGCGUCAAUCCCUUUAAUUCAGAAGGCCAAGAACUUUACUUUGGUGAAUCUUCAGAAGGCAAAGAACCUUACCCUCAUCCAAAUCCAAAAGGCUAAGAAUUACACAUUUGCCCUGUACCGCAACAUCACAAGCCGACAGGACUUCAAGAACUUGAUGAUGAAGUACCAGGUCAAGGAACGCUAUGCUAAGGUUGUCGCUAAGGUAAAGGAACUCAUCGAAAAGGUCAAGGAACUGCGCGUCAAAGCCGAGACCUACGUGAAGGAAACCAGGCCCAAAAUAGAGGCUAAGAUCAAGAAGAUCGUGCACUACAUGAACGUCACCCUCCCCGCUCUUAUGAAGCAGAAGCGUGCUGAGCUUAUGGCUAAGCGCGAUGAGAUCAUGGCCAACCCAAAGGAGUACGCAGCAAAUAUCUACGCCACAGCUGAACUCAAAGCUCGUAAGGCUUUCAAUCAGGCUAUUGAGAACACCGCCGCUGAGCAAAUUAUCAGGCACGAGAUCUGGGGCGAGCUGCUUGACGAGAUAAAGCAACAUGAAAUCAUCGAGGCUGGCAAGGAUAUCUUCGAUUUUAGCAAGGAUAAGACUACCAAGGCAAUUGCUAUUGCCACGAGCAAAGCAAAGGAACUGAAAGCGCAACUCAAAAUCAAGAUCGCAGAGCUGAAGGUCAAGGCUGAAGAGCUGAAACAGAAGGCUAAAGACAUGGUUGAGAAGACAAAGAAAUCUAUCAAGAAGGGGUUCAAUGACUUCAAGCAGAUGAAACUCCGUGAAAUCGUCGAGCACCACUAUGUCUUCAAGACCAUCGAAUUUACUAAGAACACCUCUGAGAAAAUUAAGAACAUGACCAUUCAAGCCAAGAACAUGACAAUUAAGGCUAUUGCCAUUGGCAAGGUCUUCUACAAGAACAUGACGAUCAAAGCUCAGAAGUACGUCAUCAAGAUCAAGCAGUUUGCUUUGAUUCUGAAGAAAAACGCCACCGUGAUGAUCGAAAAGUACAGACCCAUGUUCAACAAGUUCACACUCAUCGCCAAGAACUACACUCUUGUGGCCAAGAACAUGACCGUCAAGUACUACAAUAUCGCUCGUAAGUACGCAGAGAUCAAGACCAAUGAGACUCGAGUGUUUGUGAACAAGACAAUUGAGAAGGCCAUCAAAAUGUACAUGGAAAAGGUCCACUACUACAAGGCGAAGGUCGAAACCUACUACAAGACCAAGGUCAUGCCUUUCUACAAGAACAAGGUCGUCCCGUUCUACAAGAACAAAGUCAUUCCAGCCUUCGAGAAGUACACUGCUCUGGCCGACGAACUUAGCAAGAACAUGACAUUACGCGCCAAGACCUACAUCCUGAAUAGCCGUCCUUACAAGUUCAGCGUCAAGACUUACCACUUAACCGUCAAGACUCUGCGCGAUGCAAGCAAGAUGACGAUCCGUGAAUCUGUUCUUCUUAUGCGCUCUCGCGCCAUCAUUGCUUACAACUACACUGUCAACGUCACUCUUCACCUGAAGACCAAGGCCAUCAACAUGACCAAGAUGGCUGUUAAUAUGACCUUCCAGAAGUACCACGCUUCCAAGAUCUAUCUUACUAAGCUGGUCAACAACUGCACCGCGGCACUGAAACCUUGGGUGCCUACCAUUAACCAGACCAAGAACGAAAUCGUUGAGACCAUCACGUUCAUUAACAAGUACUACGGUGUUGAGGAUAAGGUCCGUGCACAAGUCGAGUACCACUACUCCAAGUUACAGUUGCACUACAAUGAGUACAAAAAACACACCGAGAGGAUGCCUGCUAUGCUGAAGUCCUCCGCGUACUCUGCUCUCGAGUUUGUCAACAAGACCAUCAGGUACGCCCAUGGUCACUUCGGCACCCUGAAUCAGACUAUGUCCGCCAAGAUGAUGAAGAUCCGUGCUUACAUGACCAAAGUACGCGAGCACCUCAUGAAGCUGAGAGCUGACCUACCGAACCACGUCCAGAUGAGUGAUGGUAUGUUUAGCCUGGUCAUCCCACACCCGCAGGAUUUUAACGGUAACAUCAAGGAUGUCUGCACCAUGGCUUGCAACAAGGCAAUCAACCUGAAGAACAAGGUGGUGAACAUGACCCGCCAUGCCAUCAACAUGACCAAGACGUACGCCAGGGUUUACCAGCUAAAGGCAAUGAACAUGACACGAGUAUGGAAGCAAAUAGCGCUUAACAAGACCACUAUCCUGAGAAUGAGAGUAUACAAACUCAGCAUGGCAUUCUACAACAGGUCAAUGAAGUGCCCCUUUAUCAAGAGACACAUGAACGCCACCAUCCACUACUUCAACAUCACUCGCCAAUUCAUUCGGGAGUUCAACAUGACCAAGAUAGUGAACCUUACCAAGACCUAUGCCCCAGUUGUGUACAACAUCUCUAAGGAGUGGUGCAUGGUCGGAUACAACGCUUCUCGUACCUUCACCCUCAAAGUGAGCGGUAUGGCAUGGAACAUCUCAUUUGACAUCUACAACUCUACGUCUAUGAAGGAAGCCCUGGAAAAGGCAAAGAGCCAUUCCAUGCAAGCAUACAACGAGACCUUGAAGAUCUAUCGUGCUUUGUACAAACACGCAAUGAUCAGAUAUGCUGAGCUUCGCAAGACCGCCGAGAAGGUGUACCAGAGCAUCGCCGAGCACCGGCUUACCCAGAAAUACAUCCACCACUCCAAGGAAUACUACAGACACUCAAGCAAGAUCCUCAAGUCUCGCACACGUCAUUUACACCGUGUGAAGAAGUACUGGCACCGCAGAAUCAACCAUAAGAUCAACCACAUCAGCAACCUCCUGAGACCUCGCAACUGGGUUCCACCAUUCAACAGCACCGCAAUGAUCUUUGGCAAGCCCCAUGUCUCCACCUUCGACAGCUUGUACUACCGGUUCCCUGGUUACAAUAAGCCCGAAUGCACAUACGUCCUUGCCCGUGAUGUCCGUGACAAUAAGUUCACCAUCAUGAGCCAAGAAGAUGCCAUGAUCCUCAUCACAGAGGAUGGCAAUGUUAAGAUCCACUCAAGUGGUCGCGUGGAAUCGAUGGUAAAGAUCGAUGCCGAGGGUAACAAAAUCCUUGACGGCUACAACAGUGAGCUGCCAGUCCAGACCAAGAACAUGACGGUGACUCGCGAGGGACCAUUCGUUGUCCUCCGUCAUGACAUUGGAAUCGAGAUCCUCUGCGACAUGGAACACAACGCAUGUACCUUCAACUUCGACAAGUGGUUCCACGGCCGCCUUGCAGGUCUCCUCGGCACCAACAACAACGAGCACCACGAUGAAAUGACCAAACCCAACGGCAAGCACGCAGGAAGCUUGAUUGAAUUCGUCAACUCCUGGGAGGUUACCAAUGACACCAAGUGCCAGAUCCAGCGCUACAUAAAGCCCAAGAGCAAGUGCCCAACAAGCCGUUACUCUAGCCGAUGCCGUGAGCUCUUCAAGGAUGAACAUUCUCCUCUGGCUCCUUUCUUCAACAUCACAAACCCUAGACCAUUUAUGCUGGCAUGCGAGGACGACUACGCCACCUGCGACAGCAAGACUGCUAAGGACAUGAAGCACUGCAACACUACCGCUGCUUACAUUGAGCUGCUGAGGAUGAAGGGCGAAUGGGCUGAAUUCCUUCCAGAAUGCGGCCGUUGUGCUAGUCACGAGAUGGGCAACACCUGGUUCCAAAAGGGCUCAAAACUCGUGGAUGUUGUCCUGAUUGUCCCCGAGACCCAGGGGAUGCGCGGAUUCGCUAAGAGGCUGCCAGAAUUCGUCUUCAGACUUCAAGAUGUCCUUCGUCAGUACUCUUUCAAGUUUGGUCUGAUCAGUUUCGGCGGAAAGGGCGCAGUCCACUCUGAGCCCCAUGUAGUAACCGUCAACGGACAGCACUUGGGAGAUGUUGAGGACGUCUCAAACGCCAUCGAGCACCUGAAGUUCGCUGACCGAGCAGACAACGAGACCGACGGAUUCGAGGCCAUCUCCAUGGCAACACGCUACCCAUUCCGCACCGGCUCUACCAAGAUCGUCCUUCUGUUAACUGCAGAUGAACGCAUCGCCCGACCUGGAACAAUGUCCGUCCGACGACUAACGAAACAACUGAAGCGUCAAGACAUCAUCUUCAACGUGAUCGGGAAGUACAAGAAACUUAACCAGAGGGUCAUCGGACAAGACUACAGAGGAAAGGUCUUUUACAGGAAAAACACAAAGGGCCAAGGAACCGGCGUUGCGCUACCCGAGGGCCAGUACAUUGAACUUAUGAAGAACACCAAGGGUUCGGUUUUCGGACUGUCCCUAUUCGCCUCGGACAACACCAAGCUCUCAGACGCAGUGCGUAUGGCCUCAACGAACGCGUGGAAGGAGCAGAUCAAGCUCGAUCAGAUCGGGUGCAAGGAAUGUUCCUGUGUACAUGGAUACGUCGGAGAAGGCAGAACCAUCUGCAAGAUCAACGAAUUACAUAAUAAGUGCUGAGCAUGACAAAACCGAGUCAUGUGAAGUGCCUGUUAAGAACCCCGUGACAACCCAUCCAGGAGUUGUACAAAGGAUUCCAGGACUUGACUUUGAGAACAUCUAACGUUCUAGUAGUACCAUACAUCCACGCAUAAUCUCUGAUUUACUCGUCACUGUAAUAAGCUUUGUUUACACUAUAGUUAAGUAAAUUGAUUAAUUUAAGGUAAAAGGUGUUGGUGUUUGCUUGCCGUUCUGCAAUAUAUGUAAUUGUUACGCUAUCGAUGAUUGACUUGUCAGCCUUUUGUGGCUGUGAGAUGUGGUGUGAUCGGGGUUUCCUUGACCAACAAAAAAAUUGGUUCGUUGUAGAACCGGGGAAAUGAUUAUUACCAAUCAAUAUUUCAACAAUUCACCCUACGUCAUCGGAAACUGAAAAUUGAACAUAACUUUAUGAAAUAAUUGUUACAUCAACAAAGAACUGAUAAAAAGUACUGCUCAUAAUGUCAACUUUACUUUUUUGCUCUAUUUAUUGGUAGACAGUUUCGGUUUCCGUACGCAGUGAGGUGGUGCUAUGAUUAGUAUUGGGUUUUGUUUAUUAUAAUUAGUAAGUCCAGUAUCGGAGUAUGACGAAGUCAGUGAAAAACGAAUGUGAAUCUGACUUUCGAUGUGAUGCUGUACAAUGUUUAAAUAAAGACAGUUUGCAUUCAAAA